AGCCUUCAGCAUCUGCUACAUAUUUGCUUAGGCAUCUGAUGGCUGGCUGCACUGACUCGCCGUAGAUACGAAUAAAACGCCGGCAGGCACGGUGGUAAACAGAAAAAUACGCGGCGCGGAAUAUCGAUUUGCUAGUAAAAAAUAAUAAUAAAUAAAUAAAUAAAAUCGCUUUUCGAAAAGAAAAUGCUUGUGCUAUUAAAAGUUGAAAAAGUGAAUAAUUUGGGUCGUGUGACGAACACUAUGGGUGUCUAAAAUAAAAUAUACAGAAUUUAUCAAAUAUUCAUACACACAUACAGACCAGUGUUACGUAUGUACAUACGUUUGCGGAAAACUUGCGAAAAAUAGCUACAUUCUGCCGUUCGUAAUUAGUGUGCAAAAGUCUCAUCCAAAUAGGUGUCGAAAAAAGCGCCCUGGCUGUUGUGAAAAGUGGCCAAAAAUGUUUAUUUUUAUUGAGGCGUGUCUUUGAAGAUUUAUGUGGAUUUUUGUUUUAUUUGUUUUGGUGUAAAGUGAAUACUUUCAGAGGCCUUUUGUACACAACACGGAAGAGGAAUUUUGUUUGCGAUUCCAAUGCAAAGAAGUGUUGCUUCAAUUACAGUUGAUUUAAUAUACAUACAUAUAAAUAGACAGCUGUAAAUUGUUUUUCGCUUGCUAUUCGUUAACUUGAUCUCCUUUCAAUAACGUCCACCAUGCACGAACUCAAUAUGAAAUCCAAGUAUGAGAAUAUGAAAAUCAUUUACAAUCGCAGCAAAUUCGGCUGGUAUUGGGCGCCACUUUUCGUAGCAUUUUGGUUUCUACUCUUCUAUCUCACCGUCAUACCCAGCUACCACAGCUAUCCGGAUCUACUGACAAUUGAAGAUGAAAUUACACAACCGGGCCGCUUUAUAGGCGAACGUGCUGAGAGUAUGCUGCUGCGGCUCACCAAAAUCGGUCCCAAAGUGGUGGGGAGCGCUGCCAACGAACAAACAGCUGUACAUUUUCUACUCACAGAAAUCAGUAAGAUCGUACAGGAGUCACGCACAGAUCUCUACGAUAUACAGCAGGAUGUGCAGAUUGCCUCGGGCAAUUAUGUGCUGUGGGAAAUGGUGAAUGCCUAUCAGAGCAUACAGAAUGUGGUGGUGAAGUUGACGCCACGUGGCACAAAUAGCACGGCAAGUUUGCUGAUCAACAGCCAUUAUGAUUCGGUGCCGGGGAGUUCGGGCGCUGGAGACUCGGGAACAAUGAUUGUCAUAAUGUUGGAAACUUUGCGUGUGAUUUCGAAGUACGAGACACCGCUGCAGCAUUCGAUUGUGUUUUUAUUCAAUGGCGCCGAGGAGAAUCCUUUGCAAGGAUCACAUGCCUUCAUAACUCAGCACAAAUGGGCAAGCAAUGUCAAGGCUCUCAUCAACUUGGACUCAGCAGGUUCGGGUGGUCGCGAAAUUUUGUUUCAGUCCGGUCCUGACCACCCUUGGUUGAUGCGAUAUUACGGUCAACAUAUCUUGCAUCCUUAUGCGUCAAGCAUUGCCGAAGAAUUAUUCCAAAAUGGAUUUGUGCCUUCGGAGACAGACUUCAGGAUAUUUAGAGACUUUGGAGAAAUACCGGGCUUAGAUAUGGCACACACUGUCAACGGCUACGUCUAUCACACCAAGUAUGAUCGCUUCAAUCUGAUACCACGCAGAACGUAUCAGCUCACCGGCGAUAAUGUAUUAGCGCUCACUAAAGCUUUGUGUAAUGCGGCAGAAAUGGAAGAUCCAGCGAAAUAUGCUGAGGGUCAUACAAUUUUCUAUGAUGUGCUUGGUUGGUUUAUAGUCUACUACCCGGAAGAAACUGGCAUUGUGAUAAAUGUUUUGGUUUGCGUCAUAGCCAUUAUCACUAUAUUGGCCUAUAUUUGGAAUAUGGCACACCAGACGGGCAUGUUUAGGCGUCGCGUUUUUAUCAAAUUCGGCAUCUUAUUGGGUGUCCAAUUCGCCGCUGUGAUUCUGGCCAUAUUGCUGACUAUCACAAUUGCGAUAUUCAUGGAUACUGUUGGCCUUUCAAUGUCGUGGUUCUCCCAGCAAUGGAUGACUUUUGGUUUGUACUUCUGUCCGAUGUUCUUUAUGAUGGGCUUGCUGCCGGCGGUCUACUUGAGUCGCACAAAGGAGCAUGGAUUACCGCUGGGCUAUGCUAUUCAGCUGAUUAUGCACGCGCACUGCUUGAUUUUGACUAUGGUUUGCAUUAUACUGAUCUCAUUUAAUAUACGCUCGGCAUUUGCGUUGAUGCUUUGCAUUGGUUUCUACGUACUAUCGGUGAUCUUGAAUAUGGCCACAUGCUUCCAAAAGACUACGUUCCUCUGGCUAAUACCGCACAUCAUCUGCCAGCUGAUGCCUUUCCUCUUCUACAGCUACUGCUGCUAUGCUUUCUUUGUUACUUUUGUGCCGAUGCAGGGUCGCGAAGGUAGUAGCAAUCCUGAGCUUUUUAUCGGUGGCUUUACAGCGCUACUCUGUCUGCUGUUGGCACCCUUUUUGGUACCACUUUUGUGCCUCUUCCGCAAGUCGAAGACCAUCAUUUCCAUCUUCGGCGUCAUUUGCUUGGUAUUCAUCAUACUAGCUGCCACACCGGUUGGCUUUCCAUAUGCCGAACGUGAAGCGCCACAGCGUUUCUAUGUUGCGCACACAACACGCACCUUCCACAACGGCGAUGCUGCGAUGUCGGUUCGCUUCAACGAUUCUGGCUACUACGUUGUGCCGGUCGAUCGUCGUCCGCAUUCAAUAGACUACUUGUUUGAGAACAUAAAUGCGAGCAAAUCCAGUCAACUGGGUAUUGACUGUGAUACAGAGGUGAUGUGCGGCUAUCCGAUUUACAGUACGCGCUGGUUGGGCUAUCGUGAUCAAAGCUUUUGGGUCGAUGGUCCUGCACCCAAGGCUGGCAGCUGGCCGCGUUUGAGAAUUCUGAGCAAAGAACGCAUCUCAUUUACGAAUCUGAUUAUUAGCCUGGAGGUGGCAGGUCCGGAUCACAUGAGUGUUUUCAUACAACCCAUGAAUGAUACAAAACUGGUGGACUGGUCAUUCGAUCGUACGCCAAUUCAGGAGAACUUUAAGACGCCAUACUUUAUAUAUCUUUCAUAUGCUUUGGAUCCGGCGCCUUUUCGGUUUCAUUUGGAAUUCGAGGUAAUUAAUGAAAAGUUACUUAAUUCUAUAUUUUGGAUCGAAUUUCAGUCAUCUGUUGACAAAUUAGGUUUGGAGAUAAACCCCUUUUCGGGACUCGCUUUAAUGAACUUUUAUGUACUAUUGGCUUUACCAUUUUGAUCCUAUAGAUUGGUUUAGUUUUUGCCCGAGAAGCCUAAUUUUUUUGAGAAUUUCCAAUUUUUCUUUGGUUUAAAUGGAGGUCAGAGGGUUUUGGUUCUCCAGUUGUCUUCUUGACCUGAGUUAGAGCGAUUAUCUGACCUAAGAGAAGACAAACUCGAAGAUGAAACUAUUUUAAGGCCGCUUUUGUUGCUGUAGCCCGACUCCUAAUUACCUCAUAGAUCACGUUGAAAGCUUCAAAGAGUUAAAAGGCUAAACUUCAAAGCUCAAUACUACAAGUAUUAUUA